GGAUUCCGGGAUUUUGACAGGCAACGUGUAUAAAGUCAGUAAUUUUUGUGAAACACCCAUCAAAAACAGAGUGUGAAACUUAAUGUGAAUAACGUUGUGAAUUGAAUAAUACAUUAUUGUUUCUUUAAAUAAAAGUAAUAAAUUAGUUGUAGUAAUAUAAUUAAUUUAAAUCAUUCACAAAAGAAAAAUGAAGUAUCUUUUACUGGCAGUUGCAGUUUUUGCUGCAUUUGAGACGAUUUCGGCUUUAAAAGAAGGAGAAUGUGAAGUUUGUGUGGCGACUGUAAAUAAAUUUGUUGCAACUUUAAACGAUGAGGAUAAGAAAGCGCCGAAAACAAUUGAGGAAAAAUUCAAAAAAUACUGCAAAACAUCGAAAUCUAAGGAACAUCGAUUUUGUUAUUACCUCGGCGGCUUGGAAGAAUCGGCUACAGGAAUUUUGGGCGAAUUGAGUAAACCAAUUUCAUGGUCUAUGCCAGCAGACAAAAUUUGUGAAAAGUUGAAAAAGAAAGAUUCACAAAUUUGCGACUUGAGAUUUGAGAAGCAAAUUGACUUGAACACUGUGGACUUGAAGAAAUUGAAGGUACGCGAUUUGAAGAAGAUUCUAAACGAUUGGGACGAGACGUGCGACGGAUGCCUCGAGAAAUCCGAUUACAUUCAUCGAAUCGAAGAACUCAAACCGCAGUAUUCGACUCAACAGAAAACUGAACUUUGAACAGAAUAUUAAAAACUGUUUUAGACGGAAAAGCAAAAGUAUAUGUUUAAAAAAAGAAAUCACUCCAAGUUCAUUAAAAUAAUUUCUGAUCUCGCGAAUCGAGAUAUGAAAUUGAAAAGAACUUGUGUGCAAAUAAUUAUUAUCAAUUUCAAACAAUUAACUAAUUAAUUAAUGUUUCGAGAUUAAUAAAUUAUUAAUUUCAUUAAUAAAUUAUUAAAACAUUCUUAAUGAUAAUAAUUAAUUAUUGAUUGAUAAUUGAUGAUUUUUCAGUGAUUUAUUAGUGAAUAAUUGAUUAAUUCAACGUGGACAAUUAAUAAUUGAUUAUUUCAAUUAUUAAUUGAAAUUUUUUCUCAAUUUUGUACAUAACGUUUUCAAUUUUGGACUGAGUACAUUUUCCUCUUUAUUUUGUUAAUUUACUGUUUAUGAUUUGUUUGUUUGUUUGUUUUACACUUAAUCGACUUUAUUGCGGAAGAAAAAUAUUUUGAAUUAUUCAUUUCCAUAUUUUUCUUUAGCAAAAUGUGAACAAUUUCCUAUAAAAGUUUUCCAAUUAAAUAAAAAUUCAUUUUUUUCAUUAAAGGAAUAAAAAAUUCAU